GGCAGCACCGACCGAAGAUAGGAGACCUUGCCCAACCUCAAAGGCAUCUACUCUUCACAUGCCGGAAAAGAUGGCACAAGGUAAUAUCCAAUGUCGAAAUUUCGUGGGAUGCAGGUGUUUCUGUGAACUUCUUCCAACUGCCAAGUAUUAAAUAUGGAAUUGCGCAUGAGAAGUCUUCUACAUGGCACGAGGGCAAAUUUUCCGGACUUGUACUUUCGAAUUCUAUCUCGUAUUGUUCUCUGUCAGCCCCUCUUCAUAAGACUUCGUUUUCUUCUUUGGCGACCAAUUUGUUGUGAACAAAUACCAUGGCUUCAUCCGGUAUUAUUGAAAUCACGUCGGACGCUCGAGGAUCCUGGAUCAACAUAGCAACAUGGAUUUUGAUGGUAAUUAUGUGUCUGGCCAGUUUUGUCAAAUUGUUCAGCAAAUGGGUCAUAGCACGAACCUUUGGACUCGACGAUUUGUUCAUGGCAAUUGCGACAGUCAUUACGAUUGCCUAUGAUAUCGCUGUAUCUAUGCAAGUUGCGGCUGGGCUAGGCCAACACCAGUCUACUUUGUCUGGACAUAAUAUUUUGCGGUACCAAAAAGUCCUACUACCCUUAUUCACCCGUCCCCUCUCAGUGACUGCCAUGCAGGCAGAAUAUGCAUCGCAGCUACUCAUGACAGCAUCUCUUUGCGUGGCAAAGAUGGUGCUGUUACACUUCUAUGCAGUUCUGGGGCGCCAUGAUAUCCGACUGAAAGUUAUCAAAUCGGUCAUAGUCUUGAAUGUCGUGGCAUAUGCCAUGUUGCUAUUAUGCCUUGCAUUUCAGUGCGGAAUACCCAAUCCGUGGGAGAUGUUCUCAGGGAAAUGUUUCGACCAGGUGGUAUUCUGGGACGCCUUUACUGUGAUAGAUAUCUUCUUGGACGUGUGCACCAUUUGCCUUCCAAUAUAUCUGUUGCAUGAUAUCAAAUUGCGGCGAAGCCAGAAAUUCUACACAAUAGCUGCUUUUGGGUCAAGGACGCUACUUAUCCCAGUCAGCGUCAUACGCAUCAUAUAUAUUCACGACAAUUCCAAAUCGGUCGAUCAUACUUAUCAGGAUUUUGCAAUCAUACUGACGACUUCCUUCCUCAUCAACUUGAGCGUGAUCGUCACUGCAAUUCCGUUCUUGAAACCAAUCAUGGACAGUCUGCAGACUGGGAUUCUGGCGGGCGAUCUUCGCUCUAUGGGUGGCUCUGCGCUACUGCGAUCAACGAGCUAUCCGCUUGGAAGACACAAGAGAAAGUCUACACCACACAAGGGGGGGGGAACUCGGAUAUCAGACCAGACGGGCACGGUUGGGCCACAGGGCAUCGGCUGCGAGUCCCCGGAAAUUGGAUCAGCUGAAAGUUUCAGUGCAGUCUGA